GAAGGCCUUCUUCCUCACUCAGACCAUUAUUUCAUUUUCUAAAAGUCCGUAUUCAAGUCCCCAAGAAUCAAACACCCUUCUUGCCCCCCAUGAAAAAGUGAGAAAACCCUUCAACCGCAAUGUCUUCUCCCUGUAAUACUGUUGAAGAAUUUAAAGCCUUUCACGAUAUUGAUCGCCGAAUAUAUGCUCGUUUAGUGAUCGACCUGCAUUUAGAACCUAACAAAUCCAAGAAAGUUGUGGCCUUUUGGAUUCGUCUUGAAAUAAGAGGCGUUAAAGACUUUGUCUUUAUGAUCCUACCUUUACCAGAUCAAAAGCUCCGUGCAUUAGUACACGAGACAAUGAUGUUCCUACUCUACUUAUCUCAAGCACCUUCUUCUGAUGUUGAUAAAGAUUUGCCGUUGAUGCUUAGUCUUGUUGAGCCAAGAUUUUCCUUUUGGGAUUUUUAUCCUGAGAGGGAAACAUUGAUACGCGAGAUUGAUGAAAUCAGAACGUAUGUGUGUGAUUUAGUCUUUAGCGAUAUAGUUCCGACAAUGGUACAACAGUCUUCGCGGCCUCAAAGUGGAUUCAUUCAACCCCAGUUCUCAAACAGGCGUAAAGGUUUCCCUUCAUAUCAGGUUCUUGAAGCCCCUUCAGUUUCAGUGGCACCAAAUUUCGCAAACUCGGUUCAAGUUCAACCUUCGGUGCCUCAAGCUGCUACUAGUAGUACUAGUCUGUCUCCUUUAGUGCCUAGUUUUCACACUAAAGGUAGAUUUUUGUUAAUGAACUUCUCUAUGGGUCAUUAUGUUACAAGUGAAGAACUUCAAGAAUACAUUACAAGGAGAUUUGGGAACUGUAUAGAGUCCAUCUUAAUGAAACCUCAGCCAAAUAUGUAUGCAAAUGUGGUCGUUCGCUCUUCUUCAGAUAUUCAGCGUAUUCUUGGAGGUAAAGAAACAGCGAUAUUCACAAUUAAUGGAAAACAAGUUUGGGCAAGAAGCUUGGAUUGAAAAAACGAUAGUUAAGUUAUACGAUAAGCAGAGCAGUUCUAUUCAUUAAAAUUCUUCCUAUUGUAGAGAUUCAAACACCAUAUGCACACGGUAGUUUUGUUUUUAGCUUUCUUGAACACAAUUCAAAUUCUUUUUUUCUGCUGUAUUGAGGAGAUAGUGGAGAAAAUAAGUGUCCAUAUAUUUUACAUGUUGAUAUAAAUAAUGAAUUUUACGAUUGUGUUCCUUUAA